AUAAAGCUCAGACCAUAGCCACAGUUGAUCGCAAAAUGGCACCGUUUUUGAAAUUUGUCGUACUGGCUAGUGUUGUGUGCUGGGCCAAAAGCGCCUCUAUUGCUACCCAGGAGGACACGGAACUGGUCCUUGUGAGCGUGAUUUUUCGCCAUGGAGCUCGAACUACUUAUUCGUUCUACCCCACCGACCCCAACAAAAACGAGACUUUCUACCCCAUUGGUUUCGGCGGCUUAACAAACGAGGGCAAACUUGGAGAGUUCAAACUUGGCCGCUACCUCAAGAGCGUCUAUGGUGACUUUCUUGGGGACGUCUACACCGAAGACAUUGUCGAUGUUAGAAGCACCGACGUCACAAGGACCAAAAUGAGUGCCCAACUGGUGCUAGCCGGGUUGUUCCCACCCAGUCCCAUCCAGCUAUGGAACGAAGACCUAAUGUGGCAGCCCAUUCCAGUCUCGUACAAGACAGACGCUGAAGAAGACUUGUUCCACCCGUGGGGGAGUUGUCCAUACAAGUCCCAAGUCCUCAGCCACCAGCUCGAAAUCCAGGAAAUAAAAGACACUUAUGUCACCCCCUACAACGACUCGUACGUCUACCUCCAGGAACAAUCUGGAAAGUCGAUGACCAACCCGGCGGACUUCCAAGACAUUUUCUUCAUUUUUAAGACAGAGAGCGACAUGGGUUUGAUCAUGCCAGAGUGGACCAAGACGGUUUUCCCAGAACCCACCCAAAGCAUCGGCGCUCUGGUUUAUGGCUACCAUAACUACGACCAGAGGGUCAAACAAAUCAACUCUGGAUACAUGUUGAAGAAGAUUCUGGACGACUCGAAGAAAAAAAUCGAGCAGAAUUCUGGAAAGAAAAUCUACUUGUAUUCGGGUCAUGAGUCCACGUUGGGCUACAUGUUGGACGCUUUGAAGGUCUAUGACGCCCAUAUUCCCCCAUAUGGAAGCGCGAUCUCGUUUGAAAUUCACCGCGCCAACGAUCAGUUUUAUGUCAAGCUUCGCUACCGAAACGACACGGAAGCCACCGAGCCCGUCGAUCUGAAAAUCCCCGGAUGCGACAUUUUGUGUCCUUUCGACCAGUUCCAGGAGCUACAGAAAGACUUAAUACCGACUGUUAGCAUCGGGGAAGCUUGCCAAAGAGACAGUGUAGAUGUCGCUCAAGACACCAACGCGCUUUGAACGCAGUUUUACCUGUAGUAUUGUAGCACUCUAGUUUUUAGUUGACGUGGUCGCCGCUGGAUGGCGCCACGGUGCCAGUAAUGGCUGCGCCGCCAUGGCGGUCGCAGCAGUAUUAUAUUUAUUGUUAUUUAAAAUAUUUAUGUAUUUAAUAUUUUGCAUUGCGUAAAUGUGUUAAUUUAUUGAAAAUAGAGCGUUAUCAAUCGAG